AUGCCAGGAAUAGCCAACAUGUCUCUCGACAAUAUGUUUUGCACCCGCUGUGGAGAUGGGUUUGAGGCCAAUGAAAAAAUAGUCAACUCUAAUGGAGAACUGUGGCACACCAACUGCUUUGUAUGCGCUCAAUGUUUCCGGGUUUUUCCUGAAGGAGUGUUUUAUGAAUUUGAAGGUCGUAAAUAUUGUGAACGUGACUUCCAAGUUUUGUUCGCGCCCUGCUGCGGAAAAUGCGGCGAAUUUGUGAUUGGUCGAGUAAUAAAAGCAAUGAAUGCGAACUGGCAUCCAGCUUGUUUCCGUUGUGAGGAGUGCAACGUUGAAUUAGCCGAUGCAGGAUUCAUUAAAAAUGGUGGACGUGCUCUCUGUCAUAGCUGCAACGCACGUAUCAAAGCCGAUGGGCUUCUUAACUACAUGUGCCAUAAAUGCCAUGGCGUGAUCGACGGUGAACCUUUGCGUUAUCGUGGAGAAGUGUACCAUGGUUACCACUUUACUUGCGCCACGUGUGGCGUGGAACUGGACCACACUGCCCGAGAGGUUAAAAAUCGCCCCGGAUAUGCCGCCAAUGACGUGAAUAAUUUGUUCUGUCUCCGUUGCCAUGACAAGAUGGGUAUCCCCAUCUGUGGAGCCUGCCGACGACCGAUCGAGGAGAGAAUUGUAACAGCUCUUGGCAAACAUUGGCAUGUUGAGCACUUUGUUUGCGCCAAGUGUGAGAAGCCAUUCCACGGUCAUCGCCACUACGAGAAGAAGGGCCUCGCGUAUUGCGAACAACAUUAUCACCAGCUGUUUGGUAACUUGUGCUAUGUUUGCAACCAAGUCAUCGCUGGGGAUGUGUUCACCGCACUAAACAAAGCUUGGUGUGUUCACCACUUUGCUUGCUCCGUGUGCGACACGGCGCUGAGCACGAGGAGCAAGUUCUACGAGUACGACGAACGUCCCGCGUGUCGCCGCUGCUACGAGAAGUUCCCCGCAGAGCUGCGGCGUAGGCUGCGCCGCGCCCACCACUAUACCAUUCGACGCUGA